AUGGUGUCAAUGGAGACCCUUCCGAUUGAGGCAAUCUACAACAUUGCAGACCUCGUCAUAGAAGAGGCAUUUGAUGAAAACGUCUUCGCAAAACCCCAAUUGGCUCUAGCCCAAACAAAUAAUCAUUUCUAUGAUAUCGUCAACCAUCGACUUCGUGCAGCAAGCCAUUGCUGGGCAGCUCGAGAGGGGAGAAUAGAUAUCCUCAAGAAGGCACAUGAGCAUGGCGCCAAUCUAAGCGGGGCUGGAACGAUGAGGCCUGAAGAGAGAGCAACACCUUUGCACUAUGCCAUCAAGCAUGGGCAUCGUGAUAUCGUCGAGUACCUCGCUGAGAUUGGCGUGGAUCCCCAUGUGCCAACCAGACAAAUCUGCGAUUGCUGGAGCGAUACUGAGCCCGUAAGGCCUUAUGCCCUUCACAUGGCCAUCCGACAUAGUGGUUUUGAAGGGACUGAGAAAAUACUGGUCAAGGAGCUAGGAGCAUAUUGGACAUUUCAGGGAACAUCAGCUUUGGACCAUGUUGAUCCCCAAUAUAUCAGUGACAGGGAAAUCAUUGACUUGCUCGUUGGGCUGCCUGGAUCAAGACAUGCUGCUGAUGCAUUACGAUACGCUCUCAAGUGGAACGAGCCUGAGCUUGUGAGCCGUCUGCUUUAG